ACCUGCCUCUGCUCACCACACACAGCCCAGAUACGCCAGAUGAACUGGUGGUGAGUUUAUUUAUUUCACUCAAUUAAGUGGGCAGAAGCAAUGAGGCCAGCUGUCUGCAGGAGACCUGAGCCACUACAUGAAAUAGCCAUCAGAGAAUGAUGAUCACUUCUGUGCGGUAAAGUUAACCUGAUUCCAAGAUGGCGCGGUCUAAAGUUCGAAACUGUACGUGGUACUUUGCCGUGCUGAUGACCAUGUAUGUGACGACCAUCUUCGUCAUUCAGCUCCAGUCGGGGAUGAUGAGACGACACGAGGAGACCAGUGACCCUGACCUUCAGCUAUCAGCAUCCCACGGAGCAGCGAGAGAAACCAGUACUAAGUACCUGCGCGUUUCCGACUGGAUCACUUAUAAAGCACAACCCACUGGCAACAGAACAGUUUAUGACAUGCAGCAAGCAAAGUUAUCUGUGUUAUCAUCGGCCGAGAAUCGUGCAUCUCGCUUUGUCAGUGCCUACAAUUUCACCAAUUACAACUUCAGAUCUGUGAAUUUUACCACAGUUGGAGAAAUCUACGUCUACGCGGCUAACGUGGAUACCAGACAGGGGAAUGCAACAGUUGUGAGACUUCUUGCUCUCCAGCACAUUAGAUUAAUUGACGGGCUCAUGUGCAAGUUUUUUAAUGACAAGAAGCUGAUAGUGUUUGCUGAGAAGUAUCAGAUGUGUGAAAACCACGGCAAGCAGUACGGUGGAUGGAUCUAUUCAUGUUCACUUCCUGCUAAUGUUAAUGUGAUUCCAAAACACGUGCAUCUGUCAACCAUAUCUGAGGCAUUCUGGGAUGACAUGGAUUAUCCGCAACUAGAGUUACCACCCUUGCAACACUCUUAUUCAGAAAAGAAUGAAAAUUCAAUUGGUGUGUGUGUGCCUCCGUUAUUUGGAAAUAUUCCUUUACAGACGCUAGUAAAUUACAUUGAACUAAUGAAAAUUCUCGGGGUUUCGAAAGUCUUUUUCUACAAAUACAACAUUUCAAAAAGUACUGAGAAUUUACUGAAAUAUUACUCCAUGCGUGGAAAUGUUAACGUCUACAACUGGGAACUGCCUACAAAUGUGACAGAUAAUGCCAUCUGGUACAAUGGACAGUUACUGACAAUUCAGCACUGUCUCUAUAACAACAUGGAGAAGUUUCAAUUCCUUAUGUUUGUAGACUUGGAUGAAGUGCUCAUUCCAAAGAGGACUAGAAAUCUGUUGUCCAUGCUACACAGUGUGGUGCAACACUCUGGCCUUACCUUAGACAAAAUAGCAGCCUUUUCAUUUCAAAGUGCGUUCUUUGAUUCCAGGCAACUGCCAGAUCCAAGUCAAAAGAUUCCACUAUUUCAACAUUUAGAGAGAUCUAAAAAGACCAGUAAAGUUCGAACAAAGCUUAUUGUUCAGACCAAUAAGAUUUUUGAGCUGGGAAUACAUCAUCUGAGCCGACCAAUCAGAGACAACAUAACAGUUGUGCACGUGGACCCAUCGGUGGCCCUGGUUCAUCAUUACAGGAAAUGUGUAGUGAGUUUUGACCGUGACAUGCGCUGUCAGCCGACAGUUCGAGACGAGUCUAUGCUACGUUAUUCCAAGCUGCUGGAAACCAGAUCUAACAAAGUCAUGAAAGAAGUUUUACAGUUUAUUUAUUAAAGUGUUUACAAACUCUACACAUACUUUCUUGUCAUUAAAGGUAAACAGAAUUGUAAUUUCCUGUAUAUUGCCUGUGACACGUAAUAGCCUGCCACUAGCUAUAAUCAGGUUUUAGGAAGAAAACAAAGAUACUCAGAUAGCCCCUGAUGGCCCUAGAGUAGAACUCUGUGUAAAGCUUUGUUUCUUUAACAGUACAUGAUAAAGCUAUAAACAAAAUUUCAGCUCAAUAUCUCAAGGCAUUGUGGGAAAAACAUUCAUGUAUAUGUGGGAAUGUGGGACAGACAGACAGAGACAGGACGGAGAUGAAACCUAUAGUUCCCUCUGGUUGGACUGAUAGGAAACUAUAACAAGAUAGUCAGAUGGCCCAUGCAUGACCCUCCAAUACAUGUAGAUCAACUCUGUGUAAUGCAUAGAGGAUUCAUCAUGAGUGUUUUUUAAUAUGGAAAAUAUCAACCAAGUCUAUGUUAAUUGGUAAUUAACUAGAUGAGGUUGAUGUUUUACAUAUUAAAAAAUACGA